CCGCUAGUUGCCGCCGUAGCGCACUCCACUGCAAAACGCGCCACAACUCAUAUACUCAGAGUUUCCUCACGGUGUCCUCGGCUGACGGAGUAUCUUUGAGUUUCAACAAUGGCUCAGAUCUGCUUAGCGGUCUCCAUCGCAGUCUUGCUGAUGAUGUCACAAGGAGUGAGUGCUAAACGAGGCUGUUCAGCAUUUGGGCACUCCUGCUUCGGCGGGCAUGGAAAGAGAUCAGGCGAACCCGCACCGAUGGAUAUGGCGAAUCAGGAUAUGAUGGUGCGUCAUCAGCUCGGUCAAGAGGAGACUCCUCCGCACCCAGGGUACCCUCAUUCCAGCUACAACGUGCUGCAGCCUGGCGACGACAUCAUACCUAUUAGGGAUGGAGGUGUGUACGACCAUGACGCCGCUGCCAGAGACGUGAUGAAGUACAAGCUUAGGAAUAUCUUCAAACAUUGGAUGGACAACUACCGACGGUCGCAGAACACAAACGACGAGUAUUUCCUAGAAACGAUUUAAAUCAAAAAUUCCCCCAAAUAAUUCUUAAUCAUUGAUGACGUAAACAAA